AUGGAUGAAUUCGAUAAAUGUUGUCGUUUAUGUGCAAAGCCCCAGGAAGCCUCUCUGUUGAUAUUCGGCGCAGAAACAGCCAGUAUGAAAAUCAAAAGCAAAUUAAGAAAGUAUCUACUUAUCUCGGUGGAAGCAAACGAUAGAUUGCCAAAGAGCAUUUGUGCCCAAUGCUGUAGAAAACUGUGUGAUGUCUGCGACUUCAUAGACAGAUCGCGGGAGGCACAAAUUACCCUCAUGAAACACAGUCUGUUUAACGAUCAACUGAAGGGUAUUGAAGAAUCAAAACAAUCGAGAAUACCACAAAUAACAAACAUCACAUUUCAAGGAGCGAAUAACACAAUACAAACAGCUGUUGCAGCCUCCGAAGUGACCACAGAUUUUGCUGAAAUCACGUGUUUGAAUAAGACAAAUGAUUACGUUACCCUAACUCCUAAUUUUAGUGAUGGAUUAACUGACACCACGCAACCGGAAGAAAAGCCAUUCGCGUGCAAAGAGUGCAAUAGGAAAUUUCUAACAGAAUUCGCGCUCAAGAACCACUCGUGGUUACACUCGACUCAAGACAAACCCCCAUAUUGUGCCAGUUGCGACAAAGUGUUCGCCUAUAAAAAUGACUUUUUGGAGCAUUUCAAAGAAUUUAAACAUGCUCGCUACUGCAAUCUGUGUAAGAGGACGUCGGACAAAAAUCUCAAACUACAUAUGGAAAGACAUAAUUCGAACAAACAAUUAUUCACAUGUGAAGUGUGCGGGCUCUCGUAUCCAACCAGGAGCAGAUACAAGAACCACAUGGUCACACAUAGUAGCGAGAGGCCUUUCGAAUGUAAUGUGUGUUUGAAACGGUUUAAACGACGCCAAGAGUUGCGGUUCCACCUCAACAAACACACAGGGGACAAGCCAUACAAAUGCCCUAAAUGCGACAGACGUUUUACGACCUCCGGCAAUUUCUAUUCACAUAGAAUGAGAAUGCACCCCAAAACAGAGCACGACACAGAAGAUAGACCAGAAAAAGAAUCAGCACGCCCUGAAGGGACAAUUAUUUCGAAGAAAAAUAACAAUCAAACCAAAUACCACUGUUCAAAGUGCUCUCACUCGUUUAAGAAAAAGGAAAAUUAUACUUACCACAUGUAUAAACACACUGGAAUAAAACCUUACCAAUGUCAAUCCUGUGAUGAAAAAUACGUCACUCGGAGAGGAAUACUGAUCCAUUACGAGAAAAAACACCCUGGGAAAGAGCGGCCUUUGGCUUUAUUAUCUAAGAAUAGUCUUCUAAACUCAUAUAAUCCGAACAAUCCAUAA